GGAGCGUCACGGGUCAGAGGUCGCGGCGAAGGGCGGGAAGGUUUCAGCGGGCGGCCGGCCGAUGGAUCUCAGCGAGUGGCGGCGGGACCCGGGUAGCAGCUGCCGCAUCAGCUCGGCUGUGGCGGCCGCCUGUCGCGAUGAGCCCUGUAGCUUGGGGGUGGACGAGGCGGGAAGGGGGCCAGUGCUGGGGCCAAUGGUCUAUGGAAUCUGCUUUUGUCCUCUUUCCAAGCAACAACAACUCGAAGAGCUCAAGGUUGCUGACUCCAAGACAUUGACAGAGAAGGAGAGAGAGAAAUUGUUUGCCAAACUAGAUGAAACGAAGGAUUUUAUUGGCUGGGCUAUUGAGAUCCUUUCGCCCAAUGUAAUUUCAACAAGUAUGCAACAAAGGACCAAAUGCAACCUGAAUACCUUGUCUCAUGAUGCUGCCAUUGGCCUCAUCCAGUAUGCAUUGGAUAGUGGUGUCCAAGUCAAAGAGGUUUAUGUAGACACAGUAGGACCAGCUGAGAAAUAUGAAGCCAAGCUGAAGGAGCGUUUCCCUGAGAUUGAGGUUACCGUCAGAGCCAAGGCUGAUUCCUUGUUUCCAAUUGUCAGUGCGGCCAGUAUUUGUGCUAAGGUUGCAAGGGACCAUGCCAUUCAGUCAUGGAAGUUUGUUGAAGAUCUAGAAGACAUAAGCCCAGAUUAUGGCUCGGGUUACCCUAAUGAUCCUAAAACAAAGGAGUGGAUGGAGAGCCAUGUAGACCCUGUUUUUGGUUAUCCUCAGUUUGUGCGUUUUAGUUGGAGCACAGCCCAGACAAUCCUGGAUAGCCGUGCAGUACCUGUCCACUGGGACGAUGAGGAGGAGGAUGACAACAAGAAGGACACUCCCUCAGUCCUGGCCUACUUUCAGAAAAAGACUGAAGAGUCAAAAGUUCAGUCACAUCGUUUCUUCACUGAGAGGAAGCUGGUCUCUCUUGUGAACCUGUGAACUUGCCUUUAUGUUGAGUGGUGGGGGCGAGGGGUGGUCCGGAUGCACAGCACAUGUACGCAAUUGGUGCACAGGAGAGAAACAGCAAGUGGAAGGAAGGGGAGCUUUGGGCCUUUCUUUCUUAAGUGCUCUCUAUUGGGUACUGCAGGUCAGUCAGCAAGCAGUGACACAAUGAACUGGACUGAAUGCCUCAUGUAGAUCCUAAUCCCUGUAUGAUCUAUAUGUAUCUGAAAUUUGACAUGAGUAAGUUUAGAAUGAGUUAUUUGCCUUGUCUGCCUCAAGCUGCUGCUGAGUUUUUACCUAUCUGUUCCAAGUGUUAUAUUGCAUUAUAUCGUUGAAUUUACAGUUUUGCAUUAUGACAGACCUCUCUUGAGGUUCAGUCUGUCUCCUAAUCACCUUUGGUAAUGCGCUCUAACAAUCUGGCCAGGGACUUUCUCUCUCUGUGCCUCUGACUGAGAGGCAGGUGUUGCUUGGAAUAAAUUUUCACUCUUGUUUCCAACUACCCCAAGCUUCCUCUCUCCCAUGUGGGCGAUGUCUGUCUGACUUCCUUUAAUGAAUAGCCUUUCUAAGGAAUUGUAAGCUUGUCACUGCACUCUGCAUCACAGUGUGCUAGAAUGCUAGAGAUCUGACCUUCUGAAGAUAAUUUACAGCUGUUGUAUGUGAGAAUUUAGAAAUUAUAUCAAUAAAAUAUUGUCUUUUUAUAA